AUGCAGUUGUUGGAAAGGGUGAAGGAGGAAUCCCCUUUCAACAAUUUUUUUGAGAGAGAGCCAUUAGCGUUUUCAGGUGCUCUUAUCCAUCAGCUCUUCAUGCAUAAGAUAAAAUUAGAUAAAGAUGAUGAGGUGCAUUUUUAUAUUGCAAAGAAGAGAUGCCGAUUCGGCCGAACUGAGUUUGCCUUGGUGACUGGGCUUAAUUUGUUACGUGGACCGACUGAGGCUGAGGUUUCGGAGAGGGCGACGUCAGACCGUUUGAUAGUAGAAUAUUUUAAUGGGGAUCCAUCUAUCAGCAUUGGUCGUCUGCGCAGCGUCUUUGAGAGUUGCACUGAGAAGGAUGAUUGUUACAAGUUGGGUUUGGUGCUGUUCGUGAUGGGUGUUCUGACUGGGAAAGAAGAGAAGAACCUGGUUCCCCCAUUUAUCAUUAGAAUGGUUGAGGACCUCCCUUUUUUCUACAAUUACCCGUGGGGGAAAAUUUCUUUCAACUUGUUGAAAGAUACUUGGAGUAAGGACUUUGUACAAAAGAAAAAGCAUAUGGAUGAGAAGAUUGUGAAGGGAACGACUCAGAAGGAGUCAAAGUACGUUCUUCUUCGCUCUUAA